AUGUCAAGCAAUAGUAAUGAUUUUCAAAUAAGACGAAUUACAACUAAAGAUUUCCAACAGGUCAAAGAAGCCUUAAAUUUUUUAACUGAAGUGGAGCCAUUAAGCCAAGAAAAAUUUGACAAAGUUUUAGAAUACUGGUCCACCUAUAAACUACCUGAAUGUGGUUCUCCUGUAUACAACUGCUUUGUUAUAGUUCCUGUCAAUGACAAUGGUGACGAAACAGGUGAAGUAGCUGCUGUAGGAACUAUCUUCAUUGAACAAAAAUUGAUUCAUGGUGGUGCAUUAACUGGUCAUAUCGAGGACAUUGCUGUAAAUGCUAAGUUCCAAGGCAAGAAACUAGGCAAGAAAUUAAUCAAUUACCUAUCACAAUAUGGUUUAAACAAUGGCUGUUACAAAGUGAUCCUGGAUUGUGAAGAAAAGAACAUCGGAUUCUACGAAAAAUGUAACUUCGAUCAACAUGGUGUUGAAAUGCAAAUCAGAAAAUAA